AUGCAACCAAAGAACCACAAAGAAAGGCCGUUUGUCGUCUGGCUUGGCUGCCCGAGACAUGACGGAGGAGAAUAUCUCUCAGACUUUCGUAAUGAGUUCGACUAUACUAUCCUCGAAGCCGAUAACCGCCAAGAAGUAAAAGAAAAACUCCCGGCUCUCAUAGCUAAGCAUGGUCCUAUCGACGCUUUUAUUGUACCGAUGGGCACAAUGACGUAUGCGCCUUUCGACCAAGACCUUUUCGGUCCAUUAGCUUCCGAGUGUGGUAUCAUCACCUCGUCAAAAGCGGGAUACGACGAGUUUGACGUUGAAUGGAUAACGAGUCAGGGAAUCUGGCUAUGUAAUACGACCAACGCAAUAGUCGAAUCAACGUCUAACAUGGCUAUAUUCCUAACUCUCGCUGCCGUACGCGAUACGUAUCGCACAGAGCAGACGCUCCGCAACGGUGCUUGGACCAGCGUUCUAUAUCCCACUCACGAUAUCACGGGUAUGACAAUUGGUAUUGUUGGAAUGGGCAAAGUUGGAAAGCGAGUGGCUUCAAAGGCGAAGGCUUUCAACAUGCGCGUCAAGUAUUUCAAUCGUCAUCGAUUGAGCGACCAGGAGGAGGCCUUAUACAGCGCCUCGUAUUGCGACUCUCUACAUGCUUUACUGAGCGUGUCGGAUAUUAUAUCGAUCAAUUGCCCACUCAAUGAGGAUACUCGCAAUCUCAUUUCCACAGCCGAGUUUGCGGCAAUGAAAGAUGGUUCGUAUUUGAUCAAUACUGCCCGUGGAGCCAUUAUCGAUGAAGAUGCGUUGAUCCAGGCUCUUGAGUCCGGCAAAAUUGCCCGAGCUGGGCUUGAUGUGUUUUGCAACGAACCUCAUAUCAACAGCUAUUUCCAAAGGAGCGACAAGGUCAUAUGUCAGCCCCAUAUGGGUGGCGUUACCCAGGAUGCUUUUCGGCUUGCUGAGAUAGAAUGCCUUGAAAAUAUUCGGGCAUACUUUAAAACCGGGAAACCUAUUACUCCGAUCAAUGAUCCCUCGGCUCAAUUUCAGAAAGAAUUAACAGUGAGCAGAGUCAGCUAUAUAUCUCACAACUGA